AUGAUGGCUCCAGCGGUCAGCUGUAGAGACAGUAGCAGAGCUACAGUCUCUGUUGUUGUUUCCUCCAACCCAAAGACCAAAACUCACCCACCAACCUCACUUGUUCUUCCCUUUUCAAAUUCCAAAUCCCAACUCUCUCUUUUCAGUAGUCACCACGAAUUCAACAAUAAUAAUAGAAAUCGGGUGGCACAAACCAGCCGCAAAAUCGUGACUUGCUCCGUCUCCGGACAGGGAAAUCCUGCGGCAAAGAAGUUGCGUCUCAUCCUUGACUCUCCUGGGGUUCACCAGGGCCCUGCUUGUUUUGAUGCUUUAAGUGCUCUGCUUGUCCAGCGAGCUGGUUUUGAUUAUUGUUUCACUAGUGGGUUUUCGAUAUCGGCGGCUAGAUUGGGGUUGCCGGAUACUGGUUUUAUUUCCUAUGGAGAAAUGGUUGACCAAGGACAACAAAUUACCCAAGCUGUAUCCAUUCCUGUCAUUGGGGAUGCCGAUAAUGGAUAUGGGAAUCCCAUGAAUGUUAAAAGAACUGUCAAGGGUUAUAUUGCAGCUGGCUUUGCUGGGAUCAUUCUUGAAGAUCAGGUGUCUCCAAAAGCUUGUGGCCAUACACGUGGCAGGAAAGUGGUGUCUAGGGAGGAAGCUGUGGUGCGAAUAAAAGCAGCUGUUGAUGCUCGGGAAGAGACUGGCUCUGACAUUGUUAUUGUGGCACGAACUGAUUCUCGUCAAGCAGUGUCUUUGGAAGAAUCACUCUGGAGGUCAAGGGCUUUUGCUGAUGCUGGAGCAGAUAUUCUUUUCAUUGAUGCACUAGCUUCAAGAGAAGAGAUGAAGUCUUUCUGUGAAAUCUCUCCCUUAGUUCCAAAAAUGGCCAACAUGCUUGAAGGAGGAGGAAAAACACCAAUGCUCACUCCUUUUGAACUUGAGGAAGUUGGAUAUAAACUUGCAGCUUACCCCCUUUCCUUGAUUGGGGUAUCUAUAAGAGCUAUGCAGGAUUCACUAGCUGCCAUUAAAGGAGGUCGUAUUCCUCCUCCUGGAAGCAUGCCAUCGUUUGAAGAAAUAAAGGAAAUCUUAGGUUUCAACACUUACUAUGAAGAAGAGAAGCGGUACGCAACUAGCAGCAGUCAAAUGUCUAGGCAAAGAGCAAGCAGUAAUGUAUAUGGAAUACAACGGAGGACUUCAGAUGAUACAGAGCAAAGAAGUCAGAGGCUUCAAGAUCCUGUUGUUGAAGUGAUCACUCCUGAAGUAUACAGUAGCAAUGGCACAGACAAUUCAAGAGGUCCCUUUUCUGGGAUCUGGUCUCGAACAUUGAGAGUCAAAAUAACUGGAAGAGAUGGAUUUGAAAAACUUGAUGUGAGGAUUCCUGCUGGGUUCUUGGAUGGGAUCACAAAUAUAGUUCCAGCUUUGGGGGGUGUGAACAUCAAAGAACUCUUGGAUAAUGCAGCUGAGGAACCAGGAGGCAAGCUCCUGUUAGAUUUUAAUGAUACCAUAGGUGACAUGAUACAAGUAUUUCUAGAAUAA